AUGAAUGAUGCUGAAGGUGAUGCAAAUUCAGUCAUAAGACGAGCAAUUGAGUCUCAAUUGAACGACAACAGUUUGCCUCAAAGCUCCCAGAGUGGAAAAGUGUUGGUCAUAACCGCCAACUAUUUACAAGACAGACUGCAAGAAUCGUUCAGGAAGCUAGAGACAGAACGAAAACUCAGAGAAGCAUGCGAAGAGCAACUUUCGGGCUUAAGUGCAAAAGUUAAUGACUUGAAGAGAGAAUAUUCUAGAACGUUGAAGCUGAGAGAGCAGGAAGUUAUGGAAUACGAAAAAGAGGUGCAACAUUUAUUUGAAAGUAAUAGACGCAAAGCGGAACUGAUUAGCAAAGCGAGGAAUGAUUGGAGCAAACUCCAAAACGCACCUGAAAUUCUUCAGAAGAAACGUGAUCAGCUUUUAAACUUGGAGAGGAACUGUUUGGUCAAACACGUGAGCAAUAAAUCUGAUUUCAUCAGCAGAAAUGAUCCGAUUAAAUCAAUGUCUGUAGACCAAUUGCGAGCUGAAGUUUCGAAGACUUGGCAACUAAUAAGUCAGCAGCAGAAGUUACUGGAAAAGUUACUGGAUCAACUUCACUUGAGUUUGGACGAAGAGCAGGCUGUUAUCCACGACUGUAAUGGAAACGUUAUGCCAUUCCCCGAAGAAAGUGACUUUAGUAAUUUACCGAGUGGUAAUAUUGGAAUUGAAACAGAUCUGAAAAAAUCAAAUGACGUGAAAAGUGUUUCGAGUAAUACAACUCAGCAUUUAUUGGAGGCAUUGAAGUCUAUUGGUUCGAUAUGCAAAAACUGUGCAUCAAAACUCAAUUCAGAAUACUCGAAGCAGAAGAAACCAUCUAAAUGGCUAUUGGAAGACGUUGAAAGUCCAAGGUCGACUGCUUUGAACAAUUUGAAUGCUAGGAUUGACAAGUUUGAGCAAAUUGUGAAAACUUACGAUAGCAAAAAAUUACAAGAUCUUAAGGAGAAAUUGUCCGAAAAGAUAAACAAAUUAGAAACCAAGUCAAGGCUUAACUGCUAAUUUUUAAAUUUGUUCAAACUAUUUCUGUUGAUUCUUGGGAGUUGAUUGAUUCGAUUAAAUUUUGAUUUUGUUUUAAUUAGCAAGUUGAAUUGAA